UGCUGAGAGGCGUGGCUUAUAACUGUUUUCGGAUACAGUGGGUAGCGUUAGAUGUGGUCGAUGUUUUCACGGACAUAAGACACGAAACGGGAGAAAUAUUUUCAAACGAUUGGUUACAAGCGCUAAUUGAAGCGUCUCUCGAGCAAUUCGCGUCAUUUAAAGCGACGCUUAUCUCGUUUUCAGAAGGUACAAUUGUUGUAGGUCAAAUAGGGGGAUGCUGCUGCUGCAGUCGCUGUCUUGGAGCUCGACACAAUCGCUGGGUUUUAUGUUAAGUUUAGUCGUAAGUAGAGGCUUUGAGAUAAGAGAAAACGCCUGCAGAAAAUGUCAAUCUCGACCGAGUCAUUUUCACAUAUGCUGAAAUUACAUUGUGCAACGAAUUUGAUAUACAUCCAACAGCGCGCGUAGACGUCUGAGCGUUUUAGCCCGUGUUUUGUGUUUAGUUGGAAGAACAGCUCUGUAAACCAAACGGCCUGUGAGCCCUUCUUUCCCAAAUAUAUAUAUAUAUUUUUUAUCUGGAAGUAGGUGUACAACAGGAAAGCUAUGAAGCUUUUAGAGAAUUCCCGUUUUGAGGCUUUGAGCUCUCAGCUGUGUGUUGAAACUGGAGACGCUCAGAUCAUUGGCAGGAUUGAGAGUUACUCGUGUAAGAUGGCUGGUGACGACAAGCACAUGUUUAAGCAGUUCUGUCAGGAAGGAGAGCCUCACGUACUGGAGGCUCUGUCACCCCCUCAAUCCAGCAGUGCCCCGAGUCCAAACCUAUUGGGGAAGAGCGGAGAAGACAUCGAGAACCCACUGAGCGAUAAAUGUUGCAGGAAGACUUUGUUCUACCUUAUCACCACCCUGAACGAAUCGUUCCGGCCUGAUUAUGAUUUCAGUGCGGCCCGUGCCCAUGAGUUCAGCCGAGAGCCAAGCGCUAACUGGGUGGCAAACUCUGUAAACAGUAGCCUUUAUUCUGCUGUGGGCGAGCAGUUUAACUCUUUAGGCCCAGAACUGUGGACUGCCAUUGACCAAGAGAUAAACCUGCAGGGCUGUGACAUCUACAGCUACAACCCAGACCUGGACUCUGAUCCCUUUGGUGAGGAAGGAAGCCUGUGGUCUUUCAACUACUUCUUUUACAACAAGAAGCUUAAGCGCAUUUUAUUCUUCACAUGCCGCUCAGUCAGUGUCCUUAGCAGUUAUGGCCGCAGUGGCCUCGACAAUGAGUUGGACAUGGAACUGGACGAUGAAGAGGAAUUGGACGGCUUCAUGGAAGACAGGAUUCCCAGAGCUCUGUGUGUCUAAAGUUUCUUCACGGGUCAAAUCCUGAGCUUCAGCCAAAGGGCCUCACUGUUAACUUUGCACCCACUUCUUUCUUUUUCAAGAAAAGGACUUUCAAAACUUUACUUUCUAGAGGUUUUCUGAAAUCUGUGUGCUUCAUUUUUACUUUACUUUGUGGAAUGAGGAGGAGGAAUAUUAGAUUCCAGAGAGCUGCUUGGACAAGUUUUGACAUGGACUCAUUUAGGCAGUGGUGAAGCUGAGACUGUAAAAACCACUGGACACCAGCUCUCACAGGAAAGAAAUGAAGCAACAUUCAAACACCAGCAUCAUAAGAGGGUGUGUGUGUGGACUAAAGACUGUUUGAGUACCAUUUCUGCCCCUCUGUUUUAUUGCUUUUUAUUUUUUUAUCAUUUUAAGUUUUUAAACUGUGAAAGGUUUGGAGCUUCUGUAUGUGAAUUUUGUCAUUUAACUUGAUAUGUAGUCUGACUCUUUGAAACUUAAUUUUUUUGUCAGAUUUUUAUCCAAAGUAAAUAGCAGGUACUUUUUUCUUCUCUGAAUGUUUCUUUUGAAUUUAACUCAUGGCUUUGCAAAUAAGCAAUAGAUAUUUUAGAUUGUAUUUGCCUUGCAUUGUUGUUCAUGGUUAAACUGUCUAUAAAGCUUUUUGUAAGCGUGAUUAUUUGAAUUCAUCUUUUUUUGUAUAUACAGCACUGAUUCUCUUUAUUAUUGUUUCCAUUUUUGUUGCCAUUUAUUUGGCUCUUUAUAAUGUGAGUUUUUAAAGGAACUCUCCACAUUUUUGGGGAAACAUGUUGAUUUUACAAGUUUACUAGAGUUGAGUUUUGCUAUUUUUGAAUUCAUUCAGCUGUUUUCUGCGAGUGACAGGGGAGCUUUUAUUUUAGCUUGGAAUAAACUAUGGAAUUUGAUCAGA